GCACGGUUGGGGCUGUUUCGUGGUGAGGCUGGAGAGUUUCGAUCUGAACGAAUCUGAUCGUGUUGGGUAUGGCCACCGUGGUACCAUCAUCCUAUAUACGCCCUCAUUCCUAAAAUCUUGGGCGGAUUAGGUUUUAGCCCGAAGAUUAGCGUACUUGAGUCGUCGUACAGGUCGCAGAGAGGGAGGCGAUUAAUCGCCGGCCGUGCGCGGUGACAUUGUCUGCUCCCAUUCGCAAUCCGCAGUCAUGGGGAUUAUCCAUGGCAAGGGGGUGGGACGAGUCGAUCAUGACAGGUUGAGCGCGCUGCCUGACGAUGUAAUCCUCGCUAUCGUCAAUCUGCUCGACAUGGGGACCGCCGUCAGGAUCGGCGCCCUAGCGAGACGAUGGAGGCGCGUCCCUCGUCUGCUCUCCGAUCUCGUCAUCGACGUCGCUGACUUGGUACCGCAUGCUUCGGAUCGCACGGUGGAUGAUAUAAUGACGACGUACACCAACGCCACGAGGUGGUUGCUAGCCCCCAGUGAACAGCGGAGGAUCAAGAGCUUGUGCCUUACGUUUUACCUCACCGACCCUUACCUGCACUCCAUCGGAAACGCAGUUGUCGAGAGCGGUGGCAGCACAGCCAAUCCUCUGGAAUUCACCAUACGGGCGGAUGUGGACACCAGGAGGGUCAACAAGGCGCAGCGCGCCAUGUUUGGACGACGCUUCAUGUCCUUCCUUGGUGCUUGCCCCGUUGCUUUCAGUUGGCUAACCAGCCUCACCCUGCAAAAUAUUUGCUUCAGCGACUCGGGUAUCUCGGAUCUCCUCAACACUUGCAGUCGACUAGAGCUCCUUUCCUUGAGCCGUUGUGGCUCUAGCUCCCACCCCGUCCUACAGAUAGACGCGCCGACAUCCUCGCUCUCGACCUUGGAAAUCUGUGAUUCUUUCUACCGAGGAGUUGAGCUGACCAGUGUCCCAAAACUACAACGCUUCUUUUGUGACGACGUCAAUGACUUCGCUCCGAUCUCCAGAGUGCGGUUUGGAUAUGUUCCUUGCCUUCACAACAUAAACCUCUCAACACUACAUCUGCGUUACUACUAUGAUGAUUCGAGACAGCUCUUCCCCGCCUUCAGUAACCUGAGAGUUCUGUAUCUCUCCAACUUGGAAACUGAUAAAAUGGACUGGACACUUUUAGUCCUAGCCGCCGCACCUUUGCUCAAGAAAUUUUCUACUAAGGUACGCCUUCUUUUCUCUUCCCUAAAAUCUCCAUCCCUAAUAGUGCUAUCCUUUUGAGCUUCAUUUAAUUAUUAUUUUACCCAGAAACCGUAGAACAAUUGUUCUACAGUAAUUUUCACUAAUUAUUAUUUUAACUUUCUACCGAGGAGUAUACUAGUAAAAACCAAAAACACCAUCACCCAAUGCCAGUUUUAGGAAACAUGAUCUAAUAGUAACUAUUCUACCCAACUUCUAAUCUUCUCAGCUUUAGAUGCUUGGCUCUGAUCUGUCAUGCCCACAGUCCUUAUUUUAAAUAGUAGAAGAUCCAGCCAGGGAGGUGUGGUGCUGCUGAUCCAAAGAUCUUGUCAUUCCUAAUUGACCAAAUACUCCAGUAACCCAUGAUAAUAAUAUCCAGCGCAAUCUAUGAUCAACAUUACUUGCAAAAUAAAUACGUAGAUGUUUAGGCAUGUUCUAUGUUUCUAAGCAUGUUGUAAGUCCUACUAUCCUGGAUUUGACCAAACUAUAGGGAAUAAUAUCAACAUCUAGAACACGUAAAUACACUAUGAGUGAACACGUAGAAAAGUAGUUUACUUCCCAACUCGUACAGACCCGAAAUGGCUCGUCCCCGCUCGCGCUCUCGCGAAAGCCGCCGCCCCACCACCGUAGUCCACCAGCCUUCCCCGGCGGCUGCCGCUCCGGCGCCGCUGGCCACCCAAUCUGGCUCGCCUCGGCUUCCGCGCCUGGGCCUCGCCCCGCCCGCGCUGCUCUGGGGCUUCCCCUCCCCCCAGCCCGUUGGGCAACGGCCCUUCUCUGCGCUGGAUCUGGAUCGGGAGCUAGCCACCCCUCCUCCUCCGCCUCCUGGUCGACCGCCGCGCGACCCGCGGGGGGUGUCCGUGGUUCCAAAGACGCCUCCUGAGCUGCAAGGCGGGGAGGCCAGGCAUGCUGCCCCCCUCUUCAAUGCUGCCGCGGUGCCCGCUGGCCCGAGGGCGCGCAUUAACUCAGGUAGCUGGGCCGAUGUCGUCCAAGGCGAGAGCGGCUGUGCUCUG